GCUUGUUUGGACCGCCCUGCUGGGUGCGGUGCGGCUGUGCAAGGUGGCCUGCUGGCCUGCUAGCUAGAAUGUGAUUUCAUAUUGGACAAGUAGAGGGACCAUGAUGUCUGGCGGAGACCAGGAACCAGAACACUACUAUGUGGGCAUCGAUGUGGGAACAGGUAGUGUCCGUGCAGCUCUAGUGGACCAGAGAGGGGUCCUUUCGGCUUUCGCAGAACAGCCAAUUAGGAAGUGGGAGCCCCAGUUCAACCACCAUGAACAGUCCUCAGAGGACAUCUGGGCAGCAUGUUGCUUUGUCACAAAGGAAGUUGUUCAAGGGAUUGAUGCACAUCGGAUCCGAGGACUUGGUUUUGAUGCCACGUGUUCUCUCGUUGUCUUGGAUAAAGAGUUCCAUCCUUUACCAGUAAACCAUGAAGGGGACUCCUCUCGAAACGUUAUCAUGUGGCUGGACCAUCGGGCAGUCAGCCAGGUUCACAGGAUUAAUGAGACCAAGCACAGUGUCCUUCAGUAUGUGGGUGGUGUGAUGUCUGUGGAGAUGCAGGCCCCAAAGCUCCUGUGGCUGAAGGAGAACUUGAGAGAGAUUUGCUGGGAUAAGGCGGGACAUUUCUUUGAUCUCCCAGACUUCUUAUCAUGGAAGGCAACAGGUGUCACAGCACGAUCUCUCUGCUCCUUGGUGUGCAAAUGGACGUACUCAGCUGAGAAAGGUUGGGACGACAGCUUCUGGAAGAUGAUUGGACUGGAAGAUCUCAUUGAUGAUAAUUACAGCAAAAUAGGAAAUCUCGUGUUGCCUCCUGGAGCUUCUCUUGGAAUUGGGCUCACACCAGAAGCAGCCAGAGAGCUGGGUCUUCCUUCUGGAAUUGCGGUGGCAGCCUCACUCAUUGAUGCCCAUGCCGGAGGACUAGGAGUGAUUGGAGCAGAUGUGAGAGGUCAUGGGCUCAUCUGUGAGGGACAGCCAGUGACAUCAAGGCUGGCUGUCAUCUGUGGAACAUCAUCUUGUCACAUGGGGAUCAGCAAAGAUCCAGUCUUUGUUCCAGGUGUCUGGGGACCUUAUUUCUCAGCCAUGGUCCCUGGGUUCUGGUUGAAUGAAGGUGGUCAGAGUGUGACUGGAAAAUUGAUAGACCACAUGGUACAGGGCCAUCCUGCAUUUCCUGAACUACAAGCCAAGGCCACAGCCAGAUGCCAGAGUAUAUAUGCAUAUUUGAACAGUCACCUGGAUUUGAUUAAGAAGGCUCAGCCUGUGGGUUUCCUCACUGUUGAUUUACAUGUUUGGCCAGAUUUCCAUGGCAACCGGUCUCCCUUAGCAGAUCUGACUCUGAAGGGCAUGGUCACUGGAUUGACGCUGUCUCAGAACCUUGAUGAUCUUGCCAUCCUCUACCUGGCCACUGUUCAAGCCAUUGCUUUCAGAGAAACCAAUCAAACUGCUUUGUACAUGGAAACUACAAGCAAACAAACAAAAGGCAGAGGCAAACAAAUACCCAGACAGUUCUACAUCUAUUAACAUGGAGAACAUGGAUAGAAGAUGAAAUCUGAAACAUGUCUAUCAUUAGUAAAGAUAUAUAGUUACCCUGUUUUAAAAUUAAGAACAUUGUCAGGAUACUACUAAUGCAGAAUGAAAUUUGGAGAUUUGUUAUACUCCAGACUCUGUACUAAAUACCUAUGCCAUCAUCUGAUUUAACCAUAUGAUACUCCUAUUAUGUUCCUCAGUCCACUGACUAGACUCCCAAGCCUUAGAAUAUACUAAAUCAACCUGCUCUGUGCCAUGUAGUAGUAUAUAGCAAGGCAGUGAUGAGAGCCUAUGGUUUAUAACUGAAAACAAGAUAUUUGAGAGGUAUUGGGGACAUUUUAGUUUUUGAUUUGUGAAUAUAAUUGUAUGAAGGAGCUUGCAAUAGGCUCAGUCACUUGCAUUGAAAUGAACUGUUCUGGAAAGCUAGAGAUGUUCACACCUUGUGAGAAAAUGCUAAGAAGUGGACAAGAAGGACAAAGCUAAACGGGAGAGGCCAAGAGUUUUACCCCACAGUGGUAAAGACUGCGAUCCUUAAGGGAUCACUACUCUGUGCCAGGCAUCAGAGUGCCUUGCUUGUCCAGGCCUUAUGAUGGCAGCCCUGUAAACCAAAGAAGUUGUCUUUACACUUGAGAUGAGGGCAAGAUUUUUGCCAAGGUCUUACAGCUAGUACACACCAGUUGGAAUGAGAACCUGUGUCCAUCUCAGCUCCAGUUCCUGCUCUCUCUACUUUGUUGGUGUGUUUUUCUUUGAUCUUUUCAUAAAAGCUACAUGAGUGAAAUAAGUUUUCAGGUAUUACCGAAGCAGCUUUUUCUUAAAACAUAUCAGAAAAGAUCAUUCAUUUGUCCUGGAAUCUUUUUCACAGGGUACUUCUCCUGGUAGAACAUUGCAGCAGGAAGCCCAGGAAUGCAAAAGAAGAUUAAACUUAAUAAUGCAUGCAGGAAAGGAGGGAGAAAGAGCCAGCUAUGUUUUCUCAAGUAACACAGUUGGGAAAUCAAUCUUAUAUUUAAUGGGCCAUACUUACGUUUAAAGCAAUCCUAUUUUUUCUGUCUAUUGUCUUAAUGACCUUUAUAAUUCCAUGCAGGGAAGACAUUUUAAGACAGAUUUCCUGAUAAAGCUUUAUUAUAGAGUCAAUUAAAUUUGGGAGGGGUUCCAUCUGUUUGAAAAAGUAUCUGAGUGUACUAAUUUUCUAGGCAAAAAUGUGCAUUUUAAUGAAGCAUUUUGAUAACAGAUAUUUUCCCAUAAUGUUCAUCUUGGGAAAAAGUGUUUCACUCUUCCUGAAUAUUGCUUCAGCACCUAUUUGUUAUUGGUAAGUUAAACAGUUUCCUCUCUAUUGUAAUAUCCAUGGUUGGCAUUCUGUAGCCAUGGAAUGAAAUUAAAGAAAGAAAAGUUAGCUCAGGACUAUGGGAAAGCCCUCCAUGAAGUAAAAUUUUCUCUUGCUUCGCUUCUCUGAAAGACCUGUCAGCCACUUGGUUCGUCCACAGCUUGUCUGUCUGAAGUUCUCUUUUCAGAAUAGACCGUUUAAAA